AGUUGAUUAGAGGCAGCCCUGAAAGGCACUGCUGCUGUGAGAACACAUCUAACACAUAAAGCUUUUGGACUCUUCAAAAAUAUUCAAAGAAGUAAUUGUGCUGUGAAUGAAGGCUUAAAGUGCAAUCCUGAAGCCGGGGCGUGGAUUUCUGUGCUGGGGGUGGCAUUCUGGAAAUCUCAGGUAUCAGCACUAUCAUAUCAGGAGAAUGAUAACGAGAUACAUUUAUAAAAGGGUACUGUAACUGAGCCGAAUGACACAUCCUAUUCCUACUUCUUAGCACAUCUACGAGGUACAAGAUCACACCAAAGAGGUAAGUGAAUGUGUUCUUAGUCUCACUUCUGUCAAGUGUUAGGAGAGCAUGUUAGCUGUCAUGUGAUAACGAUCAAGCUUUAAUAAAACAGAUUUUCUUAAGUCUUAACAGCUUGCAUGUGCUCUUCAGUUCCUCAGUUUAAUUACAGUAGCAUUCUGUUCUCUUUCUACACAAAUAAAAACACUAAUAGACUUUGAAAAUCAUGUUUCUCAGAAGAAAGAAUCUUCUUCCGGAGGCUGACCUGACAAUUAUUCACUCACUGAGAAACACUCCUCACCUUUUGUCCCACUAGGUCACUCCUUAAAUCUCUCUCGUUCACUCAUCUUCCAUCCUGAUCCAAACCCACAGAAGUAUGUCGUGCAGCGUAGUGAAGUCCUUUCUGGUGAGCCUAUCCCGGAGGAAGCCCCUCGAGCCCGACGGGGAAGAGUCCACCUUCAAUCGAUGCCUGACCACUCUGGACUUGGUGGCCCUCGGUGUGGGCAGCACCCUGGGGGCUGGUGUCUAUGUCCUCUCUGGAGAGGUGGCCAGAGACACCGCGGGACCCAGCAUCAUCAUCUCCUUCUUCAUCGCUGCCCUGGCCUCUAUAUUUGCUGGGCUAUGCUACGCAGAGUUUGGUGCCCGGGUUCCUAAAACAGGCUCAGCAUACCUUUACAGCUAUGUGACAGUGGGAGAGCUCCUUGCUUUUAUCUCUGGCUGGAAUCUGCUGCUCUCCUACGUCAUAGGGACAUCGACUGUUGCACUGGCAUGGAGCGGAACAUUUGAUGAACUCAUUGGGGGAGUCAUAUCAAAAUACUUUGCAGAAAAUGCUGCCAUGGGCCUGCCUGGCUUAGCUCCUUACCCAGAUGUCUUUGCUGCAGCUCUGAUCGUGCUCUUGUCAGGUCUCCUGUCUUUUGGAGUCAAAGAGUCAACGAUGAUCAACAAGAUCUUCACAGCGAUCAACAUCCUGGUGCUGCUGUUUGUGAUCAUUUCUGGAUUCAUCAAGGGAGACAUCUCCAACUGGAAAAUCAGCAAAGAAGAUGUGUUAAACGCCACUGCCAUAAACGGAACUGACAUUGCUAAUGCAACAAGCGAGUUUGGAGUGGGCGGAUUUUUCCCCUAUGGCUUUGGUGGAACCGUGGCUGGAGCUGCAACAUGCUUCUAUGCUUUUGUUGGAUUUGACUGCAUUGCUACAACAGGAGAGGAGGUGAAGAACCCGAAGAAGUCUGUCCCUAUUAGCAUUGUGGUCUCAUUGCUUAUAUGUUUCCUGGCCUACUUUGCUGUGUCUGCUGCUCUCACCCUUAUGAUGCCCUACUACCUGCUAAGUGAAACGAGCCCACUGCCAAUAGCCUUUGACUACAUUGGAUGGGGUCCUGCCAAAUAUGCCGUGGCUGUGGGUUCACUGUGCGCCCUGUCAACUAGUCUGCUAGGUUCCAUGUUCCCGAUGCCUCGAGUACUUUUUGCCAUGGCGAGAGACGGGCUGCUUUUCAAACCUUUGUCCAAAGUCACCUCCAGAGGCAGUCCAGCAAUAGCUACUAUAUCAUCUGGCAUUGUGGCAGCCAUCAUGGCUCUACUGUUUGAUCUGAAUGCCUUGGUGGAACUGAUGUCCAUUGGUACUCUGUUUGCUUACACACUCGUGGCAGUAUGCAUCCUGAUACUGAGGUACCAGGUGGGUCCAUCUGAAGACACAGAACUUAAGAUCACAGAAUCAAAGAAAAAGUUUAGCUUCUUCAAACCUCCAAAAACACCCAACUCUUCCACAGCACGAACAGUCACGCUCUUGACCAUAUUUUCUAUUCUGUGCAUUCUUGCACUGUGCAUUACUCUGAGCCAAGGCAUGGAAGCUCUUGCCAACACUCAAGCAUGGAGCAUCGUGCUUGUCUGUAUCUUUGGAGUGCUCCUGCUGGUCAACUUGUUCCUCAUCUGGAGACACCCAGAGAAUCCCACGAAGGCAUCGUUCAUGGUACCUUUAAUCCCUCUUCUGCCCUUACUGAGUACUUUAAUCAAUGUCUACCUGAUGGUGCAGUUAGGCGGUCAAACAUGGAUCCGAUAUGCUGUCUGGAUGCUAAUAGGGUUACUUAUCUAUUUUAUCUAUGGAAUGCGUAACAGCGUCCAGAGGAAGCGACUCAUGACCGACCACGCAGAGAUCGAAACAGUCAGCGGCAAAACAGACAAGGAUAGUAUGAAAGAAGAGAAAUUCUGAGCUCAAUCGGGGUGAAGACAGAUAAACUGAGAUGUUACAGUGAGCGACUUGCUUUAACUUAUAACCACUGCUUGAGAUGCACCGGUGCUGCUGCCUUUCAGCAGUCUUCAAUCUACGACAGCACCGAAGCAAAUGGCCUGAUAACUUGUUAACUUGACGGUUUAUUACAUCCUAACGCAGUCUGUUUGUUAUCUAAAUGGUCCAAAAUGAAACACUCCCUAAGAUAUAUUUGGACCGAGAAGAUCUUCACUUAUCACUGAUUUUCACAUUGUUGUUAAGGAUAUUUAUCUGUAUAUCUUAUCGUAUUAGUGAGCCUGUUCCAAAGAAAAAAUAUUCUGUAGAUUAUUUGCUUUUAUAAUUCUGAAAUAACAGGUUUACACUUUUC